AUGAGUUCAGAACAACUGUUUCCUCUAUUAAAUCAAUCUGUCACCAGUGACUAUAGUGGGAAGGUUCCUGUGGAGCACCUCGACUACAGCUUCAUUGAAAAAUGCAAAGAUGUGAAAUACUUGGAGAAGAUCUUGAGAGUUCUGAGGUGGGGGGAGGAGGGCAUUUACCCUCACCUGAUCCAGUUCUGUGAGAGUCACCUGGAGAAACUGGACCCAAGGAGCCGAGCUCUGAGAAAGGAAGGCCCUGUUGCCACAGCAGCUAGCUUUUCUGAAGAGGAAUGGAGAGAAAUUACUGAUGAUUUGAAGAGGUGGCAAAAAGAAACCAAAGAGACUGAGACUUCACUCAGACAGCAGUCAAUCUUUGAUGAUAUAGUGAAUGAAAAUAUGCCUCCUGUGAGAGGAUCCAGUUGCUCUGUUCCACUGAGUCAGAAUUCAACUCCAAAGCAAAAGAAGAAUUCCUCAAAACAUCCUGUUCCAUGUGAUGACCGAGACUGGGACAAGUCUGAUGUUGAGAAGAAAUGUGACAGAAUUGAAGAAUCUAUGCCCCAAAAUGAGCUUCCCGCAAACAUUAACACUAUGCAUCACAAAAUCAAGACUACAGUAAAUGCAAGAUCACUGAUGCCCCAGGAGAAGCUCAUCCUGGCAACACGUGAAAAGGAGAAAGGCAACGAGGCUUUCAGAGCCAAAGACUAUGAAGAGGCAGUUGUGUACUACUCAAGGAGCCUUUCCAUUAUGCCGACUGUGGCUGCGUUCAACAACAGAGCUCAAACAUACAUCAAUCUCAAACAGUGGCACAGUGCCAUAGGAGACUGCCAGAGAGUCCUCGAGCUGGAACCAGGCAACUUGAAAGCUAUGCUUCGACGUGCAAAUGUACAUAAGCAGAUGGGCAACUUCCAGAUGGCUGCUGCAGACCUGAGGACCAUGCUUAGUGAAGAGCCACAGAAUGCUGCAGCCCGUAAACUUCAGACUGAAGUUGAAGAGAAGAUGAGGAAACAAGUCAUAAGGAACCAAAGCAAAGCCAAGAAAAUCUUCAUCCAAGAAAUAGAGGAAGAUGACAACAGCUGUGAUGUGAAAGAAAAAAUUGCUUGUCCGGUGGAACGCAGCCGUCCUGUGGGAGGGGAGGAGAGCGCAGCUGCUCCUGCCAAGAGGGGAGAUAUGGGUAACACUCAGAAAAAGCCCCACGGCAGAGGCAGCGGGGGUCCACACUGCGAGACCAGCAGCUCGGAGCACGGACAGUGGAGGAGCAAAGGAGACAAGUACAGAGUCCCACAGAACACGGCCAAUGGAGCAGGCAAGAAAAGCUCAGCUUCAGCGCAGAAUGAUCACCUCCACAGCAACAAUAAGGAAGUUCCUCCAGCUGGAGGAAACACGGGAGAAACUGUCAACCUGGAUGCUCCAUGUGGAGCUCUGCCUCCACCACUGGCCCGGCUAAAGAACGAGGGAAACCUUCUUUUUAAAAAUGGACAGUUUGCUGAUGCACUGGAGAAAUACUCAAAAGCCAUCCAAGGCUUCACAGAUUCAGGGUUGGACAGUCCGGAGGACCUUUCUAUUCUGUAUUCUAACAGAGCGGCGUGUUACCUGAAAGACGGCAACAGUCUGGACUGCAUACAAGACUGCAGCAGAGCUCUGGAGCUGCAGCCGUUCUCCCUCAAACCCCUCCUGCGCCGCGCCAUGGCUUACGAGUCCCUGGAGCGCUACCGAAAGGCUUACGUGGAUUAUAAGACGGUCCUGCAGAUAGACAGCAGCGUGCAGGCGGCACUCGACAGUGUCAACAGGAUCACCAGGCUGCUGAUCGAGCAGGAUGGACCCGAGUGGAGAGAGAAGCUUCCGGAGAUUCCCGCAGUGCCUCUUUCAGCUCAGCGGCACCGCAGAGAGGAGCCGGCCAGCGCACACGUCCUCCAGGCCCAAACAGAAAAAAACACCAGAGAUGCAGAGAGGAAAGCAGAAGUGCGUUUUGCAGCUUUGAAGCAAGAAGGGAACAAUUUUGUGAAGACGAGUCGAUACGAGGACGCUGUGAGGAAGUACAACGAAUGCCUUAAACUCAAAGCAGAAGAAUGUGCAAUCUACACCAACAGAGCGCUGUGCUACCUGAAGCUGGAGAGGUUUACGGAGGCCAAGGAGGACUGUGACGCAGCUCUCAGCCUGGAGCCAACCAAUAAGAAGGCCUUUUACAGACGAGCCCUGGCCCAUAAAGGCCUGAAGGACUACGCGGCCUGCAGCUCCGACCUGCAGGAGGUGCUGCGGCAGGAUCCAAACGUGCAGGAGGCAGAGAGGGAGCUGGAGGAGGUGAUGCUGCUGCUCAGACAGAGCCUCACAAAGUCCAGAAAGGUCGUCCCCGUCACAGAGAUUGAAGGGGAGGAGGAAUCGACCGCCGUCCUAAACUCGGACAGCGGCUGCACGACAGACGGCAUCACCAUCAACUUCCAGCCGACCAACGCCUAUGAGUUUGGCCAGGUUCUGAACGCUGCUCGCUGCAGGGGCGACACGGCAGCCUGUGCUGAUCUUUUGGCCUCCACUGCACCAGAGAUGCUCCCUCGGUUCCUGAGCACCCAGAUGGAUGGACAUACUGUUGGCUUCAUCGUGCAGGCGCUGGACAGCCACCUCCUGCAGAAAGACCCCAACCUGGUGUACCAGCACCUCAACCACCUGCACACCACCAACAGGUUCUCGGUUGCACUGAUGCUGUUGGAGAAGGACGAGCGGCACCACGUGAGCCGGCUGUUUGAUCGCCUGUCUGCAGUGGAGAGCACAGAGUUCAGUCAGAACGACGUGCACAACCUGGCCAACAAAUACAUCUGAGCGCCCUGCACGAGUCGCAGCACCACUAUGCAAAAUGCUGCACGAGAACUGAGUGGGAGAGGGGCAUUCACCCAACACUGUGGAACUGUUUGUAAUGCAUUGCUCUAUGUAUGGCAAUAUGUAAAUGAAAUAUAUUUUUCUCUUUAGAACACC